AUGGCAUCAGCAACUGCUUCUUUGGGUUCGUCAGCUAUAGUUCAGUCAACCUCUGGGGGAUUUAGAGGCCAAAAGCCUUCGCUUUCACCUCCUAAUUCACUUAUUUCAACGAGAAGACAUUCUAGACUUGUGGUGAAGGCAACUUCUCGUGUCGAUAAGUUCUCGAAAACUGACAUAAUUGUAUCUCCAUCUAUUCUUUCUGCUAACUUCUCCAAAUUAGGAGAACAGGUCAAAGCAGUUGAGUUGGCUGGUUGUGAUUGGAUUCAUGUUGAUGUGAUGGACGGUCGUUUUGUGCCGAAUAUUACGAUUGGGCCCCUCGUUGUCGAUGCCCUUCGACCAGUCACGGAUCUGCCAUUGGAUGUGCAUUUGAUGAUUGUGGAACCUGAGCAGCGAGUCCCGGACUUUAUAAAGGCUGGAGCUGAUAUAGUCAGUGUUCACUGUGAACAAUCUUCAACCAUCCAUUUGCACCGUACAUUGAAUCAAAUUAAGAGUCUGGGAGCUAAAGCUGGAGUUGUGCUGAACCCUGCAACUCCAUUGACCACCAUAGAGUAUGUUCUUGAUGUGGUUGAUCUGGUACUAAUUAUGUCUGUCAACCCUGGAUUUGGCGGGCAAAGCUUCAUAGAGAGCCAAGUAAAGAAAAUAUCAGACUUGAGAAGAAUAUGUGCCGAGAAAGGAGUAAACCCAUGGAUUGAGGUAGAUGGUGGAGUUGGCCCUAAAAAUGCCUACAAGUUGCUGGCUCUGCUGUUUUCGGAGCUCCCGAUUAUGCCGAAGCUAUUAAAGGCAUCAAAACCAGCAAAAGGCCUGUGGCUGUUCCAGUUUAAGCUUUCUAUUGAAGAUUUUAUUUGGGCAGAUAUAUAUAUUUGGGGUUCAGUGAUUAAUAAUCCGAGUCCACUUGGAAAGGCUCGCUAUUGGGAAUUACUGUUACAGGAUUCGGUUUGUCUUGUCAAAAAAGAAGGAUGA